AUGGAUAUCAAAGUAGUUCCGCUGGGAGCAGGCCAAGAUGUAGGUCGCUCGUGUGUAAUAGUCACACUCAACGGCCGGAAUGUGAUGUUUGAUUGCGGCAUGCACAUGGGGUUCCAAGACAAGCGCCGCUUUCCGGACUUCAAAUUUCUGUCUAAU